CAUGAGAAAAGUUCAGUUAUGCCAUUUUUUUGUUUAUUUUUGUUAAGUAGAAAGUUUUGUGAUGUCAGAUGAAGUGUUGCUAUGGCUGAAAAAAAUAAAUAUGUGUCUGUGUGUGUAACACCGUGACAUUAUAGUUGUAUAUUUGUGUGCACAGAUCUCUGGAACACUCGAGAGAAAAACUAAAGACUUGGAUAAAGUGCAAGUGACUGUUCAUCAGUGGACAAAGUAUCAAACAAAAUGGGGAACAAGACGUCAUCAGAUGAUCAGGGAGAACGGAGAUGCACUGAUCUGGACGUGCCUCUCUUGACACCAGACAUCUUCAACACCGUGAUCACCAUGUUCCAGAAUGACGUAGCCUCUGAGCAGUGGAGGCAGCUGGUGGCCGGAUGGGUGGAUGUAGACACCUUCAUCCUGCUGUCAGACAUGUGUAAGGAGAUGGUGGAUGCAAUCAGCGUCUCAAUCCUGGAAGCCGUGGAGCCUCAAGUCACUAAUGGUGGCGCCAGUAGCAGCUCCAUCACAGGGACUGAAACUCAACCGAAGAGGCAGCAUCAUAUUUACAGGGUAACAGAAGAAGCCAUCCGAUGCAGCCUUGGAGAUUCCCUCCAUCGCUGCUUUGGUGAGGCGCUGGGAUUAGAACAGGAGAGAACCCACGAGUCGGAGAAACUGGUGGAGCUGUUUGGAUUCGAGGUGAUGAAAAAGGUGAACCACAAACUGGCUCUAAUGGAGGCACCGACCUCUUCCCAGCAGACGAAGACGUCAGAAGCUUCAGCUGCAUCUCAUACUGAAGACAUGGCUCGUCUUGUAGCUGAUAUAUUGAGAAAGUGCAAAAAACACCAGGCAUGGCUGGACAGUGAUGAGUCGGGAGGUUGUUGUCCAGACGAGGUGACACCUGUAGAGGAACUGAGAGCAGAAGGAGCUGAACCAACACAGAGUUCAGACCAGGCAGGUUGUCUGAGACAAGACUGUUCAACCAGCUCUACAGAGGAGGUACUGCCAAAUGAGACCUUUCUCGCUACGUUUCUGUGGAGGCUGCUGGAUCACAUCGCCACCGAGACAAGAACACCAAUCCCUGUGGACUUUUAUGGGAUGCUGGUCCGUUUGAUUGAGAGCACUGAGGAAGAACUAACUUCCGCUCUCCCACAGACUCCUUCAAACCUCCAUGUCUGCAUCUACAAAAAGCUUUGCCAGGAGUUUGGAUCUGCAGAGGAGCUGCUGUCUGCUGUGGCGUCCAACCCAGUGGCCUUUGAAGAAGCUGCUGCCAGGACAUUGAAAGCAAAGCUGGCGAAAUCUAAAAAAAACGUGAGCUUUGUCAAAAAAGUGAGCAGAUUUUUCCGCAAAAAGACCAGCAAGGUCACUCAAGGCUGUGAGAAGAACACAAGUGAUGUCAGAAAACAGGAGAGUGGGCCUCAGGAGAAGAAAAGCUUCAGAAUUCUAUUGAAAACCAUCUGAGGCAGAUAUAUUCCACGUACUCACAUGCCUUUCAGCAACCAAUAUCCAUUCCUGUCUUUAUGUAUCAGUAAACAUUAAUAAACAUUUUCAUUGCAAAAAAAUUAUCAUCAA